GGGGUCGUCCUGCACGCAGGUGCGCAGCCGGCGUCUGAUGAAGGAGCUGCAGGACAUCGCGCGGCUGAGCGACCGCUUCAUCUCGGUGGAGCUGGUGGCCGAGAGCCUCUUCGACUGGAACGUGAAGCUGCACCAGGUGGACCAGGACUCGGUGCUGUGGCAGGACAUGAAGGAGACGGGCACCGACUGCAUCCUCCUCAACCUCACCUUCCCGGACAACUUCCCCUUCGCGCCGCCCUUCAUGCGCGUCCUCAGCCCCCGCCUGGAGAACGGCUACGUCCUGGACGGCGGCGCCAUCUGCAUGGAGCUCCUCACCCCCCGCGGCUGGUCCAGCGCCUACACCGUCGAGGCCGUCAUGCGCCAGUUCGCCGCCAGCCUGGUCAAGGGCCAGGGCCGCAUCUGCAGAAAAGCGGGGAAGUCAAAAAAGUCCUUCAGUCGCAAAGAAGCCGAAGCAACAUUUAAGAGUUUGGUGAAGACCCAUGAAAAAUACGGGUGGGUCACUCCUCCGGUGUCUGACGGCUGAUGCUACUUGUGAUCCGCCCAUCAAACGCUAAAUGAGACACCAACAAAAAAACAAAGUACUCUGACAUCUCAAUGCAUAUAACACACAUCCAUCCUUUUUCUACUUCAGCUUCUGUUAGAUAUCAUGAAUGUCAUGGAGACGUCCGAAUUAUUUAUGAACAGAUCUGUUUACAGAGGGGGGAUGGGAAAUGCUGUAUAAGAUUAUAUUUUAAAACUGGAAAAUGAUCAGAUUGAUCAUCUUUUAAGUCACUUUAGAGCAGAUGCUGAGAUUGUAUCACCUGCCCUUCUCCUCCAUCCAAGG